AUGGAAUAUUUGCCAAUAACCUACAGCCCUCCUGGACCCGAGACCCCGCACAAUCCCACACCGAUCAGGGAUUUAUUGAAAUCAUUGCUACACGAAGAACUGGAAAGUCACAAACAAACGAAACAGAAACCCAUAAAAUGGAGCAAAUCAUUCCAACUCCAUCACCACUUCCACCCAGGUGAGGUUAAAGUCUUUAUUAAGGAUGGUAUCUUACGGGUUCAUGCGAAACACGUACGAGGAGAUGACGACGAAAACUUUGACAUUCGAGAAUCCAAGCGUUGUGUUGUUGUCCCUAGUGACGUCAACCGUAGUCAACUCCAUUGUUAUAGCCAUGGUCACCAGGUGAUCGUUGAAGCCCCCUUAAUAUCUAAAGAUGAAAAGAAUGAAGAGGAAGGGGAACAAGUUAAGGUGGAGGAGGCAGACGAGAUUCCCGAUGAGAACGAGACUUCCUGUUUCCGACAAGACAUAGAUCUGUCCGUCUUUAAAAGUGAUCACAUCACCGUACGGCGUCGAGAAAAUGACGUCACUAUCAGAGCUGACCACUGCCAGGAUGAGGACGGGGUUAAGGUGUCGCGAUCUUUCCAUCGUGAAUUCAAAAUUCCCCCAAACGCUGAUGCAGAGAAAUUGUGUUGUUAUCGAACCAAGAAGGGAAGCUUGGUUUUUAAAGCUCCACUCAACGCUGAAAACGAUGGAUGA